AUGGAGUCACUUUUUUACCUAUUCCGCGUAACGCAUGACCCUAUUUACAGAGACUGGGGCCGCCGCAUUCUCCUAGCCUUUGAACGCUUUUCGCGUGUGCCAACUGGGGGCUACGCUUCCAUUGGCGACGUCACUAAUUCGGCGGACGUGCAGAUGCGCGAUAAGAUGGAGUCAUUCUGGUUGGCUGAGACCCUGAAAUAUGCAUAUCUUCUAUUUCAUGAACCUGAGCCCGAUAUGAUGAUACUUUUGCCCCUGGACUCCUGGGUUUUUAACACUGAGGGCCAUCCAUUCCCUUUACCAAAGCAUUCUGACCUGGCUGCUACUGGACACGACUUGAUAGCCAAGCCCUAUUCGAAAAACUCAACCUGA